UUGAGCUGUACAUCCAACAGAAGGCUCCAGAACAUAUCAGGGAGAGGCGGGAAGACACAGAGCUCGAGCACAUUCAGCACAAGAGGCGGGAGAUUAAGUGUUUCCGCGAGAGCCAAAACGCAAACCUGAGCACCACGCGCUGCACUUUCAAACCGACCAGCGCAGCUCGCUAGCUGCUCCCCCCUCCGCCGUCCGCUGCUCUAUCAGACCCACGGGACUUCACUGGUUCAUCCCUAACCGGACAGGCUCAGCUCAUCCGGCCGGGAGACCGGGCGAAGCCAGGAGUAGGGGGACACUGAGGUGGAGGGGGGACAUGCUCGCUCAGCAACCCAGCAGAGUUUCUCCGAGGUGGGCCAAGCUGUGACAGAGGGCCUCUCUGGUGAGCCAACCCGCAACCCUGACCGCUCCAGCAGGCCUCACUCCCAGUCCUAACUACUGUGUGUGCCAGGACCAGGCCACCUCCAGCCCAGGCCAGACCACGUCUACCCCAGGCCAGCCCAGAGUGGGUCAGCCCCAGCCCAACCCACCUCUUCCCCAGCCCAGUUGCGGCCCAGGCCCAGGCUCCAGAAGCAUGGCCUUCACCCUGUCAGAGAUCAUGGCUGCACGGCGGCAGCAGCAGUCCCAGGCCCAGCGGGCGGCAGGCAGGGUGGCCGUGGAGGUGGAUGAAUACAGCACCAACCCCACCCAGGCCUUCACCUUCUACAACAUCAACCAGGGACGCUUCCAGCCCCCGCACGUACACAUGGUGGACCCCCUGCCCCAUGACACUCCCAAGCCGCCAGGUUACACCCGUUUUGUGUGUAUCUCAGACACCCACUCCCGUACGGACGCCAUUCAGAUGCCUUACGGUGACGUGUUCAUCCAUGCUGGAGACUUCACAGAGCUGGGCUUGCCCUCUGAGGUCAAGAAGUUCAACGAUUGGCUAGGCACCUUGCCCUACGACAUAAAGAUAGUGAUUGCGGGGAACCAUGAGUUGACCUUUGACCAGGAGUUCAUGGCUGACCUGAUCAAGCAGGACUUCUACUACUUCCCGUCGGCCUCCAAGUUGAAACCAGAGAACUAUGAGAACGUCCAGUCCCUGCUCACCAACUGUAUCUACCUGCAGGACUCAGAGGUCACCGUACGCGGCUUCCGCAUCUAUGGCUCCCCCUGGCAGCCAUGGUACUAUGGCUGGGGGUUCAACCUGCCAAGAGGUCAGGCUCUGCUGGACAAGUGGAACCAGAUCCCCGACUCCACCGACAUACUGGUCACACACUGCCCCCCACUGGGGUUCCUGGACUGGGUUCCUAAGAAGAUGCAGCGGGUGGGCUGUAUGGAGCUGCUCAACACUGUCCAGAGGAGAGUACAGCCCAAGCUGCACGUGUUUGGACACAUCCACGAAGGUUAUGGUAUGAUGACUGACGGCACCACCACGUUCGUCAACGCCUCGGCCUGCACCGUCAACUUCCAGCCCAUGAACCCGCCCAUCGUCUUCGACCUACCCAAUCCCACCAGGACCACAUGACUAGAGAAGCUCCGCCCUGCUGAGCCCCCCUCCAAUCAGGAGCCUGGUGGUGGGAAGGCAGGUAGGUGAGGGUGAAGGGCAGGUGUGGUGGUGUACUGUAUAUAUUCAAGGCUCUAAUGGAUGGUGUGUGUGUGUGUGUGUGUGUGUGUGUGUGUGUGUGUGUGUGUGUGUGUGUGUGUGUGUGUGUGUGUGUGUGUGUGUGUGUGUGUGUGUGUGUGUGUGUGUGUGUGGCACAACACACACACAUGCCCAAGUGAUGGACGAUGUGUGUGUCUAAAUAAACAGGCGCCAUUGCAAAUCCUCACUUAGCAAAUCCAUUCAUGUUAUUUUAUGUACUGUCAUUCCUUUAUUUCAACAAAAGCUCUUACAAACUGUAAAGUAAGGCAAAAGACAGACCCCAGAUGCCUCAUAUGAACAUGUCAGUUCUGUUGCACUUCUACUGCACUGACAAUCUGACCUGGCUAUCAGAUAGAGAAGAGGACAGGGGGAACAGUGUCUCCUGUGUCACUGUUUGAACUCACAGUCUUUCUCUCAGAAGAAGACACUGGAUAACUCUCAUUCUCUCUUGUUCCUCAUAGAGGACUGUUAAGUCACCAGUGGAAGUUGCUCAGUGGUGACGUUUUGACAUUGUGACAUUGUGGUCCACCCUUCAUUUGAGACCUUCGCUGGGGAGUGAUUGAACAUUUACCAGUAGGGUAUCAGAACAUUAACCCAAUGUCCAUUUUUGACUUUGUGGAGCCGUUUGCCAGCACAGAAAGGAUACCCCUGACAGUACUUUGAUAUCACACUUCCUGCACUGCAGAUUAAAACACUGCUCUCCCCUCAUCCCUUUUUCUCUUGAUCCCUCUUUUUCUCUGCACCUCUAGUUUCACUCUCUCUCUCUCUCUCUCUCUCUCUCUCUCUCUCUCUCUCUCUUUCUCUCAGGCCUUGGGCAUGGUGGUUUGUGUGUGUGUGUGUGUGUGUGAGAUCAAAGUGUGUGUGAGGGCAGCAGGAGGUCUCUGCCACGGGCUGUGUGUGAGUAUAGGUGUCAAACGUGUUGACACCACUCCCCUGGGUCUCAUUACAACUCUCAGUAAGCCUCUUAACCAGGGGAGAGGGAUCUCUUUUCUUCCCCUCUUCCCUUCUUCUGUUUUUCCCCCCUCUUCUUCCCCCCUCCAUCCUUCGUUGCAUGUGUAAUCAGCUCAUCCUCUCAUCUCUGGCUCAUGUGCCGUGAUCCUGACAAGUUUAUUUCCGAGGUCACCGGCCGGGAAGCCUGCAAGAUUUUGAUUCCGAGUACGGAAUACUGGAAAUACGUAAUAACCAACAGAGCAGAUUGGCAAAUGUGUUCGCUCCCGACCCUGUACAGAAGCAGCGGUGUCUGGAAUGUUCUCGCUGCUCCAUGGUGCCCUUUCUGCGAGAGAUGUAUCAUGGGAAUGAACGUUGAACUCUUAGUGGAUGACGAUGAGGUGUAGGCCUAAUGUACAGUAACUGAUCAAGAAGUUGGAACUGUAAAUCUACAUCACCUGUCAUUGUAAAAACAUGUUAGCAAUCAAGGAUUAUUUCAAAUGUUGUUAAAUAUGUGUGUGUGUGUUGUUAAAAAAGAAAAGGUGGUAUACCUUAUUAGGCAGUAAGAUGGUAUACCUUAUAAUAAAUAAUCUUAACAUUACAAAAGAAUGUGUGAAAAACAUGUUAUUGACAUUUAAAUUUGCAGUAUGUAUGUUUAAAAUGAUGUACAGGAAUGACAUUUACUCUCACGGGUGGCCAAUAAGAUCUAGCUGAAAACCACGCCCCUAAUAAACCACGCCUCCUGAAAAUAACCUAAGGGUUACGUUAAAAAAGACCCAGAUGCUAGGUCACCCCAGCAUGAGAGUAAAAAAUACCCAAGUGAUGGUUACAUUAACCCAUGUUUGGGUAAUCCCAACAACCCAACAUGUUGGGUCAUUCAUGCAACCCAACUGGCUUUGCCAAAAUAACCCAACAUGUGUUCUGGCCACUAUUUAAACAGCUCUAAAUUAAAUAUACUUUUUUUGAGUGCACGGGGUUAUCAGACAACCCGUGUAGCUAUUAUUAACUCUUUCAUGUUGUCAAGCAGUUGUCUGCGUAAAAAGGGUUCAUUUUUUAUCUUUCUGAAGCACUUGUGAAUGAGCGUCCUUCCUCUGCUCGUUUGGCAGCCAAAGUCUUUGGCUGAGCUCAAAGUGUGGUUAGCAUAACAAGACUACAUCCCUGUUUGAUCUCUCUGCUCUCAGACAUUAUAUAUGAACAUCCCCUCUGGCUACGUUUUAUUCACACUGGUGUUUCACUGCUGUUCUGCACAUUGUGCUAGCUGGGUUAUGUCUUAAUGGGGCAGACUAGUGGGCUGUUGUAGGAAUACAAAGACUAGGAUAGAAUGUUUACAGAUAAGUGUGUGUGAAUACUGUAUGUGUGCGUAUACCUGUGUGCGUGUGGAUAGGGCCAGGGGGUAAGCAUUCUGAGAACAUGCUUAAACGAGGGGGGGAGUCAGUGUCUGUAUCAUCUUCUUUUCUUUGAAAGGUUUCUGUAGGGGGAAAUGUCUGUUUGUUUUGGGGCAUUUUUUACUAUUCUCUUUCAACCAUAACUUUGAAAUGUCUCACUUUUUAUGCACUGUGCCUCAAUAGCUGUAUUCUGUAUUUCCUGUUUUCUUUGAAAACUCAACAUGUUUGCCGUUGUAUUUCUUGUUCGUUCCUUGGGGCAUGCUGUUCUGAAUCUAAUAACUUCUGAUGACAAUCUGCUUGAAUUGUAUAUCGUUGUUACCAUUGUUUGGGAUAUACUAACUAUUGGGAUUUUUUUUAUUGCUUUAAUGAUGUACAAUAUUAUUUAAUGUGAAAAGAAGAAAAAUCCAACCAUUUUAGAAUGGUAUUGUAUAAUGUGUUGCCCCUGGAGACAACUCUGUAAAUGUAAAAUACCUUUCUUAAAACUACCUGCUUCUGGUUUUCUGAGAGAUUAUCUACACAAAUUGAAUUAAACCUUAUCUGUGACCAAUGGA